AUGGCCAUCAAGAAUAGGGAGACCAUCAUCAUCAAGCCCAAGCCGAGACCGAGGCCGUCGACCAACGACUCGGAGAAGACCCCCAGCAAGACCAAAGCCAAGAGCAAGGACAAGAACAAGAACAAGCGUAAACACAAGAACGAAACGAAAGGAAAGACUCAGGCCGACAAGAUUGCUAGGAUGGUGCAACCCGAAGGCUUUUGUUCACUUGAGAUUUGUGCGAAUUGCUCUUGCGCACGAUACUACUAG